GCGCGGCUGGUGGUCGGGCUGGCUCUCGUGAGGAAGAAGAGGCGGAUGCCGCUCGCAGACGCAUUGCCGCGGCUGGAGGCGAUAGUCGGAGCGGCGGUGGAGGUGGAGGAGACGGCUGGGGCCGAGGAGCGCCAGUGCGACCUCUGCUACGACGCGCCGCGCUCGGUCCGCUUCGCGUGCGGCCACGCGCUGUACUGCGAGACAUGUGCGCCGCGCGUGCUGGAGCGCGACACCAACUGCCCGACCUGCCGCCAGCCGGCGCUUCCCAUCGUCGCAACUGGGACACAGGUGGCGGCGCAGGCGACGUUUGUCCACCAGCCGCCCUCGCGCCCCGUGCCCCAGGCUCAGCCUGCAGGCGCCACGGCGGCGGUCGGUGGGCGAGGUGGGCGAGGCGGGCGCGGUGGGCGAGGGGGGCGUGGACGUGGCGGGCGGGGCGGGCGGGGCGUGGGGCGCGGCGGCUCUGCUUAG